AGAUUUUUUUUUAGUUUGUUUGUGUAGAAACAUAGAUUGUGAAGUGAUGAAUAGUGGGAGUAACUUUAUUCCAAAUGGUAUGGUGUCUAGUGAGACACCAUUUGUUGUAAAAGUGCUUGACCCGAAAAGAUGGUCAAAAGCCGAAGGUAGAACUAGAGAUCUUCUUAAACAUAUUCAGCCCAACCAUACAACAGAAACAUGUCGAAAUGCUGUAGUUUCUUACCUACGAUCCCUCAUCAUGAACUCUGUCCCUUGCCAGGUAUUUCCAUUUGGUUCCGUACCGUUGAAGACCUAUAUACCUGAUGGGGACAUUGAUCUAACAGCGUUCUGUGAUAGUCACCAUUCAGAAGACCGUCUGAUUCAAGAUAUACUGCGUAUUUUAGAGAGAGAAGAGAAGAAUCAGGACGCGCAAUUUCAAGUCAAAGAGGUUAAGUAUAUCGAGGCCAAGGUGAAGAUUAUCAAGUGUUUAGUCGAAAACUUUGUAGUUGACAUAUCUUUCAACCAGAUUGGUGGUUUGGGAACACUUUGUUUUAUUGAAGAGGUAGAUAAUUUGAUAAAUCAGAAUCACUUACUGAAGCGGAGUAUUAUAUUGAUAAAAUCUUGGUGUUUCUAUGAGAGCCGCAUCCUGGGAUCUUACCAUGGACUUCUUUCAACCUAUGCAUUGGAAACUUUAGUCAUAUAUGUAUUUCAUGUUUACAGUAGUACAUUUGCUGGACCACUUGAGGUACUCUAUCGAUUUUUGGAUUUCUUCAGCAAAUUUGACUGGAGCAAGUAUUGUCUCAGCUUGCGAGGUCCAGUGCCUAUAAGUUCACUCCCUAAUAUGAAAGCUGAACCUCCACGUAAGGAUUGCCAAAGGUUGUUGCUGAACCAUCAUUUUCUUAAUGCUUGUGAAUCCAUGUACGGCGUUCUGUGUAGCAGCAAAGAAUUAAAAGAGAAACCAUUUGUUUCUAAAUACAUUAGUAUUGUAGAUCCUUUGCUUCCUAACAACAACAUAGGCGGAAGCAUUAGAAAAGGAAACUUCUCUAGGAUAAAAAGUGCAAUUGCUUUAGGUGCAAAGCGAAUACAGAGGUUACUGUCUUGCCCAGAAGACAAUGUAAUAGCUGAAUUUGAUUUGUUUUUUAAGAAUACAUGGGAGAGAAACGAAGAAUCAAAGCAAAUGCUAGGACCCUCUGAUGGACUUGCUGCUUCUCAAACUUUGAGAUCAAAGCAUGGCGGCGUUUUCACUGGUACAAUGGCCUUUGAUAUGCAGCAUACAAAUACCAUGAAGAAUGCACUUGCUAAUAGAGACCAAAGUGCUAUAUGUUCAUCAUAUGAAGUUCGUGACAAGCCUUACUUUCCCGGGUUUUAUUCUAGUUCAGAAUUUGGUCCUUUCUAUAGUGAAGCUUCAACUCAUCAUUGCUACAAGACCAGAGUUUCAUCUGAAAAUUAUCAACCUUUUGGGCAGAUUUCGUAUGAUUGGAGAAAUGGAUAUGAAGAUGACCCAGAACAUUCUUCAAGUGGUUAUUAUUGCAAAUAUGGGAUGGACGUCAAUGAUGAAAAUGUCCGUCCUGUUGAUGGAGCAAUGCUGAUGCAACAAGAAAAGUUUGGUUUUCCUUAUUUCAAUGAAUACCUGCAAGCACCAGUGAAUGUGAAUCCAUGUGUACCUUUCCCACCACCCCAUCUUUUAGCUCCUGGAUAUAUGCAUGAAAACUCAUUUGGGAUGUUUCGAGAAGAUGCCUCUUCUUCUCAGUACUUUCCAGGCUACAAUAUGCCUCAUUAUCACAACACAGCUCCAUUUCCAUUUGCGAGACCAUUCUAUGAGGGAGAAUUUACUGGACCAUUUGAUUAUAGCUCAUCAGUACCUCAUCCAGACCAUCAAAGACAAAUGGAUAUUAACAAAGGUUCCAGCUCUGGUAAUUCAUCUUGGCAGACAUGUGCUUCAAGCUACACGCGAAAAGAUUAUGAGAACACUAGCACUGAAGCUAUUAAUUCAGAUUUUAAAGCUCUUCAAUUAGGUAAGGAACUGCUAAAGACUGCGCCUAACUCAUCAAUUCCUGAUCUUGUUGGCCCUUCUAGUCCGAGUCAGAGAACCGUUGAUGACCAACGUUUUCGACCAGUUGCAGAUGGUUCCUCUGGACCAUCAUUUCAAGUUCCUACCAUGUUCCCAUUCUACAAUCUUCCUACCGAGACUGAAACUACUUUUGCAGCCAGAAAUAAUGUGGGGAUGAUGCAUGCUGGUUUAGGCAAUCUUUAUCCGCCAGAGUCGAAUGCCAGUUCGAGCUUAGCUCAACAUGCUACCCAUACUAGUCAUGAUACAGCAGCUACUUCAGGAUACUUUGUGAAUGAAGGUUAUGAUAUACUGGAUAGUGAUUUUUUAAGCUAUUGGUGGAAUCUGCAACAUGGAAAGUUUUUCAAGAAUCAAAUAUCAAAGGUACCUUUUCCUCCCUUUGCUACAGUGCCAAUGCAUUUAAGGGCACAAUUUGCGGGGCACAUGAAACCUCAGCGAGGUAUCAUGAACAUUAUGGAGCAUGUUCAAACCCCGGUUCCUGUGAUUCCAUAUGGAGAUGUUUCUCCCUUAUAUGGGAAUAUUAAUGAAGGUGUUGGCUUUUGGCUUCCAAGAACUAGUGAUGGGACUGGGACUUACUUUCCCAGGAUAAAUCCUUCUAGUAAUUACGAGUCUCAGCCAAGGUUUUGCAAGAAAAAUCGUCUUCCGCUAAGUCCAUACAUCCAAAAUCCCAAAUCUGAAAAGAAGGAUAACCAUAGUGAAAGGAAUGACAAUAUGCAUGGAAAAUUUGAGAAGCCAGGUUCAAGUGAAUCAUCCCAUCGAGGUGAAAGCUCAGCAAGAGGUACUAAUGAGGUGGAAAAACCCGGAAGAGAUUCUAACAGCACUUCUAGACAUGAGCCCUCAUCAUCAAAUCACCCCUGGGUUCGAGAAGAGGGAAAAGCGAUCAAUAAACGGAGAUGAUGUUCUCUUUACAGGUGUGUGAGGGAUUCAAGUUGCAGAGAAGAAAGUGAUUUAUCAGCAAUUUACCAUCUUCUUUGUCUGGGAGUCGUUGUAAAA